CCUUAACAGAACCCAAUUACUUCACCUACAAGAACACACUUUGCUCUCUCUCUCUCUCUCUAUAUAUAUAUAUACAUAUUUAUAUAUGUGUGUGUAGGGAGAAAGUAGUUUUAAGGUGGUUGUGUUCUUGUUGUUGUUGGAUGUGGAUGUGGAUGUGAAGGGAACAACAAGAAGUGGUUUUUUGGGUUUUAGAGAAAGCGAAAGUAGUGAACUUUGAGCUGAUCAUAGUCAUACUAAGAUGUCUCAUCAAUACUUGCAUCAUGAAACCCAGUUUUUAACAUGCGAUGAGAGUACCCUUUGUGGUGGUAGUGGCGGUGGUGGUGAUAUAUACGAUGUUGUUGAUGCUGGUUCUGCUCCUCCUUCAAGGACUGUGGACCUUUAUGGAGAAAUGGCAGCAGCAGAGUUUGUGAAUAUGAGAGUAGUCCCUUUCACAGAAGCUCAAUGGCAAGAGUUGGAGAAACAGACCAUAAUUUACAAGUACUUGAUGGCCUCUGUUCCUGCAACUUCCGAGUUCUUAAUACCCAUCACAACAAAGACUACCACUUCAUCAGCAACUGUCCCUCCAAGCUCCAACUCCACAAGCAUUUCAACAAACACUAACAAGGCGGAUCCAGAGCCAUGGAGGUGCAAAAGGACAGAUGGCAAGAAAUGGAGGUGCUCGAGAGACGUGGCUCCUGAUCAGAAGUACUGCGAACGGCAUUGUCACAAGACUCGUCCUCGUUCAAGAAAGCCUGUGGAAUUGAAUACUGACGAAUAUUCCACAAAAAAAAUCAAUUUUUCUCACCAUCACAGUUACAAUAACAUGGUCUCUGCUCCACCAUAUGACCAACCCAGGGGCUUCGAGUGGUUAAUGAGAGGAGAGAAUAGGAGUACUCUUGAAUGGCAACAAAUGGGUGAUAAUAAUAAUGGGUUCAACUCAUUUGCUUCAUUGGGGGCAUCUUGGAAUCCAAACCAGGCAGUAGAGACAGAGACAAGAGAGACAAGACAUUUCAUUGAUGAAAUUGAUCACAAAAACAGUGGUGGUUAUGGCGGAUCAUUAGAAGUAGCAGAGACUAUGAAUGGUAGUAGUGGUGGUGGUGGUUUAUGGAUGGGUUGUUCUGCUCCUGGUGGACCGUUAGCGGAGGCCUUGUGCCUUGGCAUUGCAAGUAGCAGUAGCAACAAUAGCAAAUGCUCUAGCAGUGGAGAUGGUGAUCAAUUAGGAAGCAAUUCUAUUAACUAACUUUUGUGUAUAUAUGUUUUCAGCUUGAGACACAGAAAGCAAUGACUGAAACAAUUUUCC